AUGAGUAAUAAUAUUAACGGUGAUGACACGUUCACUCAGCUAAACAGGUUUAGGUUACAAGAAUCAAUUGAAAUACCCGAAAGCACUAUUCAAACUGAAAUUUCAGAGCACGAAGACUACGACCAUGAGAUAUCCCUAUCAGAACGCCUGACUUUAUUAGGGAGAUUACCGUAUAGUUUGAUAAUGAAAGUGUCUUCAUCAGAGCCAAGAGAUGUAUUGCAGCUGGAGCGUACUUUCUUAUCAUUCAUUAGAUUUGCAACUUCGUUAUUUUUCACAGCAUUAGGAAUAGUCAUAAACUUCAAGUUAGAUUCUUCAGGGAAAAGCGGGAAGAAAGAACCGCCAUUCAACAAUUCUAAGUAUUCUACGGUAAUUUCGUUUAUAUUAUUCGUCUUAUCCCUUUGUGUAUUGGUUAUCAGUGGGGUUAAUUAUUUUAUCACGAUUAAACGGUAUGCUAAACACAAGAUCGAGACAUACAAUUUCAAUAAUCUUGCUACGGUGAUUUGUAUGACGAGCAUAAUUAUCACGUUAAUCGCUAUCAGUGUAUCAUUAAUUAUAGAAGGAUACUUAGAAGAGUCUACAUAA